AUAGACAAAGAAGCAAGCUCUCAAAACAGAGUAAACAGAGAGCCAUGGGUGGUAACACUAAUCUCAAGCCUAUUGUUAGCAAGACAUUCUGCUCAUCUUCAGAUAUCAUGUUGAUGGUGAGAAAGAGACCUCAGGUCAUUAAUGGUGGUGGCUUCGUCGUCAUGAACUUAAGCCAGAAGGUUGUUUUCUCAGUAGAUGGUUGUGGAAUUAUUGGUUCCAAGGGAGAGUUGAUUGUUAGAGAUGGAGAUGGAUCAUCAACUCUCUUCAUCCAUAAAAAGGGAGGUAUAGUGCAAGCACUGAGCUUUGAGAAGAAAUGGAGAGGUUACUCAAUGGGGUAUGAAGGAACACCAAACAAACCAGUGUUUAUCUUGAGAGAACAACCAAGAUCAUGCAUUGCAGUGAACAGUGUGAUCAAGGUUUUAAUUGAACCAAAAAACACAACAUAAAACUGGGACUAUGAAGUUAGAGGAUCAUUCAUGGACAAGUCUUGUACCAUUAAUGAUCGAAGAGGCGAUGUCAUUGCAGAGGUUGGUGUGAAGGAGUUGAUGAAUAGCAAGGACUUAUACUAUGUGUUAGUGAAAGCAGGCUAUGAUCAAGCCUUUGUUGUUGGUGUUAUUGCUGUUCUUGAUAACAUUCAUGGGGAGUCCACUAGGUGCUAAUUGUAUAAUUAAUCAAGUGGUCUUUGCUAAUUAGCUUUCUUUGUGAUUGUUUUUAGAAUAAAUCACGCCAAGGAUUAACGUAGAAGAGUUUGGUAAUUUGACAGUUUGUAACUUUAAUUGAUGUUUAAAUUGUUGGGUUUUGUUGUAAUUAAUCUUUUAUCAUGUGAAUCAAUGAUUGAGUGCUUAUCUUAAUUAUUAAUUAGUGGAUGUUUGCUUAGAAGGAAA